AUGGGAGAAUAUGAGCCUAAAAUUGAGGUUAAUUUUCCGUUGACAGUCACUGCUGCCAGGGGAGUCACUGUAAAGCUGGAGUGCUUUGCUUUAGGGAACCCUGUUCCCACGAUCUCGUGGAGGAAGGUGAAUGGGAAUAUCCCCAGCAAGGCGAGGUUGCGCAAGUCCCAGGCGGUCCUGGAGAUCCCAAAUGUGCAGCUGGACGACUCGGGGACGUACGAGUGCAAAGCAGAGAACUCUCGAGGAAAGAACAUCUUCCGCGGGCAGCUCCAGGUGUACACUUAUCCUCAGUGGAUUCGGAUGAUUAAUGACACCCAGCUAGACAGCGGGGAGCAGCUCCAUUGGGACUGCAAGGCUACAGGGAAGCCACGACCUAGCUACCGCUGGCUCUGGAACGGUGCACCGCUGCUGUCACGGAACAGAACAGAGAUGGUCAAUGGCGAGCUGUUGAUUAAGAGUCUACGUCAGUCGGACGCUGGGAUGUACCAGUGUGUGGCAGAGAAUAAACACGGAGCCAUUUAUUCCAGUGCAGAGUUGAAGAUUUUAGCUUCUGCUCCCAGUUUCCAGCCAAUCCCAGAAAGGAAAAUAGUCACAGUGAUUGCUGGUAAAGAUAUUGUUCUUGAGUGUAAACCUCAAGCAUCUCCAAAACCAGACAUCACCUGGAAAAAAGGAGACCGGAGGAUUCCUCCAAACAAGCGGAUUUCAGUUGUGGAGGAUAAUAGUCUCAGGAUUGUGAAUUCUACCAAAUCCGAUGAGGGCAGCUAUGUGUGCCGAGGGGAGAAUCAGUUUGGCUCAGCCGAAAUGACCACCACAGUGCGGGUAAAAGAGCCCACACGGAUGCAGCUUGCACCGAGUCGAAUGGAGGUGACAGUGGGUGAAAGUGUGGUCCUCAACUGCAAGGCAUUUCACGACCCCUCCCUGGAUGUGUCAUUUCUAUGGUUACAGAACAGAGAGCCUAUCAACUUUCACAAAGAGGGAGGACAUUUUGAAAACAUCGGGGCACCAGUGUCAGAAGAAUUUCAGAACGGUGAAGGCUUCGGGUACAUUGUGGCUUUCAGAGCCAAUGGCACGCGAGGAUGGAAAGAGAAAAUGGUGACAUCAGCAGACGCCUCAAAGUUCAUCUACCGCGAUGAGACUGUCCCCCCUCUGACUCCCUUUGAGGUGAAGGUCGGAGUUUAUAACAACAAAGGGGAUGGGCCCUUCAGCAACAUUGUCACAGUCUACUCAGCAGAGGGAGAACCCAGGGAAGCCCCUUCGGAUGUGAAAGCUGCCAGUGUGUCGUCCUCUGAGAUCAUAGUGGUGUGGAGGCCUCCGAAUCCAGCCCCAGGACGACCAAAGAAUUAUGAGGUGAACUAUUGGAAGGACAUGGAGCAGGAAGAAUCUGGGGAGAGAAUGAAAACCCCUGGAAAUGAAACAACCAUCUUACUGACAGGGUUAGAGGGAAACACCUUGUAUCACAUCACCGUGAAGGGCUACAACAGUGCCGGCCAGGGGCCAGCAAGCACAGCUGUGCGUGCAAAAACCAAGAAAUCACCUCCCAGUCAAGCACCUGGCAAUCUCAUGGGGAUCCAAGAUGGAGAUCGUGUGUCACUUGGCUGGGAGGCCGUCAAGCCGCUCGAUAAUGAAUCAGACGUGAUGGGGUACAAGGUCUUGUUUCGACAAGAGGGCCAGAGCAGCAGUGAGGUGAUUGAGACGAACAUCUCCUCUGCGGUGGUUCCACUAUCAGGUGGAGGGAUUUAUAUCAUUGAGGUGCGAGCAUUCAGCGAGGGAGGAGAGGGAACAGCCAGCUCCCAAAUCAGAGUACCUGUAUCAUCAGGUGUCAGAGUUCCAAACCACCAAAGAUCCAUGCACAGUAUAUCCACUUGUUCAGUGACAGUGACCAUUCUCUUAGUUUUUGUCAUUCCUUCAGCAUCAUGGUGAGAGAGGUUGACCGGCUCUAAAGACAGUACUGGGGUGGACCUCUUUAUACCCGAAGAAGAAGCUGGUUUGCUUGGCCUUAUCCACUGCAGACCCGAAGGCAUAGCACUGGGGACAGCCUGGUCAAAAAGGAGGUGUCAGAAGUCCUUUAUUCCUUCCUCUGGUCUUUCCAAUAUCAUUUUAGUAUUGUACUGCACACUGUGUGCAAACAGUUAUUGGUUCUAGUAAACUAGCUUUUGCAUUUCCCUCUCAUCAGAUGAACUACAAAUCCUGUGCUUAGAUUUGAAGCCCAGUCAAAUGGUCUGUUAAAACUACUGUACUUUUAAAAUGAAUGUCUUGAGGCUUUUUAAAAUGGCUCUCUUUGUCCGUGAGUUGUAUUGUUUCCUCUUAGCUCUGAGAAACAGAAGGAGGAGGAACUCUUUAGAAACAAGUGCAUUGUUUUCUUAUUAAAAAAAAAGUAAGAUUUUGUAUUGUAUCAGAGGUCUAACUAUUUAAAAAUUCACUUUUUGUACUUUGUGCUACCUUUAGUAAGUGGUGUGUGUACCGGCUACUUCAACAUUGUGUUUCUCUAAUAGCCAAUGACACUAGGUAAGCCUGGUGAGACCAGUGACUAAGGACUGCUGGAUAAAGAACUGUUACCUUUAGUGCCCCAAUUAGAAGACAGUGACAUGACUCCGUGGCAAAGCUUAUGAUGUCUCAAAAUACCAAUAAAUGUGUUGUUUAUUUUUAAUUGGAUGACAAUGCCUUUUCUUAAAAAAAAAAAAAGAACAACUAUUGAAACAAAGGGCUGUGUAGUCUGGGAAGCCACGUCUUCACCAUCUCUUUGACUUAAAGGUACAUUUUCUGAAUUAAAGGUAUUUGCUGAUAUAACACGGAAUUAACAAGACACCAUUGCAGUUACUGUUCUGUGAAGUUACUUGCUACUGCAGUAUAAUGCUGGUAACUUUUAUUUGUAGACCCAUAAAGAAAAUCUGCUUUUUCAAAAUAUGGCCCACUCAGUUUAAAAGAUAGCACUGUUUAAAGCAUCUAUAAACUAUUCAGAUUUAAGUGUGAUCAGAUUGUGAACAAAUAAUGUUUCUUAAGAUUACUACAUUAUUACAAAAAUAUAUUUUUCAGUACUGUAAUUUUUGUUGUUAUUUCAAUGCUUACCCUUGUACAAAUGUUGGAGGAUGUGUGUGCGUGUUAACAAGUUGCUUGUAUACUUCUUAGUAGUCUGUAUUGUAUACUGUUGUGUACUAUACACAAGAUGCGUGUUAUAGAAGAGAUUUACAUUAUACAAUAAGUCAUGUAUGUCAAAUAAAAACACAGGCUACACAUAAUAUUAUAUUUAAAAAUAUAUAUGGUACUGGUACUGCAUUUAAAAAAAAAACAAGUUGCAUUAUUCCUUUUUCUAUCAUGUUUAACUAAUUGCAAUGUUUUAAUUAACUUUCAUAUGGACCUUAUUUUGAUAGCAACCAUUUUGUGAAAUAUGGUUGUCUGUCUUCAGUGAAGUGGCUGAUUAUCUUAAACUAAUUUGCACCAGUAUUGUUAGGCAUGUGAGACAUGUCAAGUAUAGUACGGUAGGAUAUACAUUAUGUGAUCAGUGCUUAAAAUUGGGCAGAGCAGGUAAGUGUAGCAUCCAGAUAUAAGCCCAAUUAUUUUAAAUAGUUAACAUUAAUUGGCAUAAAGAAUUAUUUCUAAUUUGUGGUUGUAACUAAGUUUUGGAGCGGACUGUGAUGGUUCUUAUGAAUAUGGUUCACAUCCUAAUGGAGUAAUACCCAAGAUAUUGCUAAGUUGGAAUGGGUUGUUUUUAAUCUUUUUAUUGCCUUCGGUCCAAAACCCUUUUCAUUUUCCACUGUGAAAGGGAAGAUUAAAUGA